AUGCAAGGCGUACUUGAGGAUCACCUCAUUCACGAAUGCUUAGAUAUUGUUCUCUGUCCACUCAAGCUGGCUGCUCGCGAAGGAGUCAUGCUAUCAGACCCUGUUGGACACAGUCGCUACUGUUUUACACCACUCACGAGCUACAUUGUCGAUACCCUGGAGGCCAUGAUGCUGGCUGCUGUUGGCGGGAAAACCUCCCCAGUCACUACAGCCAUGUACAAACAGUUUGGAGACCCUUUCCGUCAUGAGCCUCACACACGAGCAACUACACUCUCCCAGCUGGACAUUGCGCGGAGUAAAGCUGAUCCCAAUGACAUCGAGACAUUUUUUUGCGAAGCACAGAAGUUUUGUUUGAAUGGCAUGAACACACCAUUCUGGAUGGAUUGGGUCUUCAGUGAUCCAUCACAUUUUCUCACUCCCGAAUUUCUUCACCUCAUUCAUCACGAGUUCUACGACCACAAUGCAAAGUGGCUUAUUUGCACAGUAGGUGAUACAGAGAUUGACUUUCGGUUC